UUUUUUUUUUUUUUUAUUCUUUUUUUUUGCAGUCGCCCCUCCCCUCAGCGAGCGUUUUAUCCUAUCUGGUUGCGGUCCUACUUUCUCAUUCCUGCACUCUCUCGCAGUUUUACAUUGUGUCCAGUGCCCAACGGAAUGGUGAACUUUUACCGUAAGAGCGAACGAACCAUACGGAAUGUGAGAGCUGGAGACCUUUGUUGGAGACAUCGAACAGGGACACCUGACGUGACAGUCUCAAGCGCCCUGCGUUCUCUUGCGUAUGUAGCCUAUGUUUGAAACCUGUUCUACCGCAAAAGGCUGUGGGAAUGUGGGAUAUAAGUCAACGUAAAAGAACCCAUGUUUCCCUGACAACAUGACGACAGAUCUGCGCCUGACGUCCCUCCUGAAUGUGUCUGAUCUCCACAACGUGACGCGGGGAGGAUGUUCCUUGACCAGAACAGGCUUCCAGUUCUACUAUCUGCCCACCGUGUACAUCCUGGUGUUCGUCACCGGCCUGGUGGGGAACAGUCUGGCCAUCUGGAUGUUUGUCUGCCACAUGAGACCCUGGAGCAGCAUCUCCGUGUACAUGUUUAACCUGGCUCUGGCCGACUUCUGCUACGUCCUCUCCUUGCCCUUCCUCAUCUUCUACUACUUUAAUAAGACCGACUGGAUAUUCGGGGACGUUCUCUGCCGACUGCAGAGGUUUAUAUUCCACGUCAAUCUGUACGGCAGCAUCCUGUUCCUGACCUGUAUCAGUGUCCACAGGUACACAGGAGUGGUCCACCCGCUCAAGUCUCUGGGAAGGCUCAAGAAGAAGAACGCCGUGCUGACCAGCGCCCUGGUCUGGGUCGUGGUCAUAGCGAGUAUCUCUCCCAUCCUCUACUACUCUAGGACGGGGCAGAAACGGAACGCCACCACAUGUUACGACACAACCACGGAGGAUGAGCUGCCGGGUUACUUUAUCUAUAGCAUGUGUUUGACCGUGUUCGGCUUCUGUAUCCCCUUCCUUCUCAUCCUGGGUUGCUAUGGGAUGAUCGUCAAGGAGCUGAUCUGUAACGACAUGAGCAACGCCCCGUUACGGCGUAAGUCCAUCCACCUUGUGAUUAUCGUGCUGACCGUGUUCGCUGUGUCCUACCUGCCCUUUCACGUGAUGAAGAACCUGAACAUGCGAGCCCGGCUGUACUUCCAGGUCCCGGACAUGUGUGCCUUCAAUAACUGUGUGUACGCCACUUACCAGGUGACGCGGGGGCUGGCCAGCCUCAACAGCUGUGUGGACCCGGUCCUCUACUUCCUGGCUGGGGACACAUUCAGGAGGAAGUUGUCCAGAGCUACUAAAAAACAAUCCAAGAAGGGGGAGCUCCCACUGCAGUCCAAGAGUGAAGAGACGGCGCUCAACAGCCUGCCGGAGUAUGUCGAGAACGGGGAUGGGCAGCUUUGAGAGAGGGCAAAGGUCAAAGUCCGGGUGGUCUCUCUGAACCUCUAGGGAUUUUUUUUGCUGUGAAUUGGUGCUGUGGACCUUGCAGACUGUGUGUGGACUGUGUGUGCACUGUGGAUAGAAUGAUCUGUGUGGGAAUCGGACAAAGAUGAUGGCAACGGGGUGGUGUCUCUAUAAUGUCAUCACUACUGUAGGUAGGUGCUGUAUAUUCUGAAGGUCAACUAGGUGCUCAUCCAUCCAUAACCCAACGGAAGGAGAAGGUAAUAGGUUGAGCUCCUGUAAACAAUGGUCUCUUGUUCCUCUAUCCAACCAACGCUGACGUUUUGUAAUGGAGAGAGGGCUGUGCUAGCCACCCAGUGGCUGCAUCAUAAUCCCUGCCGACUAGAAGUUGGACUGUAAAUGGGUAGGUGAGACACCAGGGACGACUGAGAUCCAUUGCCUAGAGUUUGGACCUCAUGACUGCUCUGUGGAGGUUAACAUACAGCGACUAUAAUGCACUCUGCAUGUUUUUAAUUCUCAGACAUCUACAAAUGAAAUUAACCCCAAAGCUGACUGCUAUUCCCUUCUCACUUGUUCUCUCUCCUCAUGGUUUUCCUCUGGAUCCAAAUUGAAACAUUUUUUUUUUUUUUUCAGUUGUGAUCCAAAUAUUUGCAUCGCUAAAAAUAAUUUCCAAAAAUACAAUCUGGAAAACAAUUUUUAAUGCUAUAUUGAUUGUGUAAAAUGUAGCAAUUACUGUCUAUGACAAGGGAAACAACGUUCCCGCCUGGUUCAUUGUAUAUAAUGAACAUUUUGCCCAUAUUCUUGAUGAAGAACUUGAAACUUUUGAAACUCACUGGCUUGAGACCACAGAAUUAUCCAAAAUUGUGCUGCUAAUAGAUUUAUAUUGUGAUUUGAAGAAACCAAUUUCAGAGAUGAAAUUAUAUAUAAAAAUUAAAAAAGUAAUUCAUCAUAAUUUCUACACACUUUUUACCUGGUUGGAGUCGUUUAAAAAAAAUAUUUUUUUAAAUAUAUAAAAAAAAUAUAUGUAUGAAAAAUGACUCCAGUUUGAAGUAUUACAAUAUUCUUCAUCAUGACCCACUCAAAAAAACAUCACACCACCCAAAUUUGGGUCACGAUUCACCAGUUGAGAAUUGCUGUUCUAUGGCGUUACUCUGUGUGACAGCUACAUUAACGUCUGUGGUUUCUUUAUGUGGUUCUGUUUCAGUACUGUCACUGUAUCGCGUGUGGCGUGACCUGCGUCUGUCCUUGGUCUAUUUAUUCUACGUUAAUAUGAAGGGUCUAUAUACUAGUCUCAUGUGAAUAGGACACACUACAGUAAUAUUCUGUAAUAUAUUUCAUGUGUGUAGUGGGAUUACUGUACAGUACAUGGUGUCAAGCCCAGUUAUGUCUUUCUUUUUAAACAAGACUCAUUCAGACUGUUAAGUUAUGAACCCAGUGUUAUUAUCAGGGAGGCAACUUACCAGUGACAAACCACGGCAGCCAUCUUCUGUGACGCGUUGGAGCUGUUUUAUAUGCAGGUGACCGUAAGAAUGAGAAUGAACAGACAUUCCUGUUUGGAAGCAACGUUACAUGGUGUGUGUGUGCAAAGCGAGUAUUAGUGUGUACACACACUAAUAUUGUAAAACAUUUGCAAAGCGAGCGUCAACUAUAUCAAGUGUCAUUGGCGUUGUUGAAUUAAAUUGGAUGAUGAUCACCUGUGUUCUGUACACACACUAAUAAUGUAAAACAUCUGUCUUUAAGCCACCGUUCUUAGUAGUUCGGGGGAAAAUAGCUACUAGAACCCUGUAACUAUGUACAAUAUGUUAUUCUAGUUCUCUGGUCCAUCGCCUUCCUAGUGGAGCCAUUUUUCUGACUGUUCCUGAACUGGGCAUCAACUCUAGCAGCUCCACAGAUGUUUAUAGUAUACAGUAGUAUUGUAAGUGGAACGACUGAUAAUUGCAUGAAAUGCAUAAGUUACCCCCCGCCCAAACCCAUAUUAUCGGGAGAUAUGUAGACCUGAUGAGGAAGUGAAUGAUAUGAUCAUACAGUGCCUUGCGAAAGUAUUCGGCCCCCUUGAACUUUGCGACCUUUUGCCACAUUUCAGGCUUCAAACAUAAAGAUAUAAAACUGUAUUUUUUGGUGAAGAAUCAACAACAAGUGGGACACAAUCAUGAAGUGGAACGACAUUUAUUGGAUAUUUCAAACUUUUUUAACAAAUCAAAAACUGUAAAAUUGGGCGUGCAAAAUUAUUCAGCCCCUUUACUUUCAGUGCAGCAAACUCUCUCCAGAAGUUCAGUGAGGAUCUCUGAAUGAUCCAAUGUUGACCUAAAUGACUAAUGAUGAUAAAUACAAUCCACCUGUGUGUAAUCAAGUCUCCGUAUAAAUGCACCUGCACUGUGAUAGUCUGACAAACCCAUAUUAUCGGGAGAUAUGUAGACCUGAUGAGGAAGUGAAUGAUAUGAUCAUAUCAAGAAUAAUUUUGCACGCCCAAUUUUUCCGUUUUUGAUUUGAUUUGAUUUGAAAUAUCCAAUAAAUGUCGUUCCACUUCAUGAUUGUCCCACUUGUUGUUGAUUCUUCACAAAAAAUCUUUAUGUUUGAAGCCUGAAAUGUGGCAAAAGGUCGCAAAGUUCAAGGGGGCCGAAUACUUUCGCAAGGCACUGUAUAUGCCUUCUAUAGAGAUCUGUGAGAUUUGCACAUUUGCUGCCCAGGUCAGGGGUUCUCAUGUUGUACAGCAUUUUGGGGGGUCAGUUAUGAAUGUGUGAAUAAAUUUUUUUAUAUAAAAACUUGUAAAAGGUUA